GAGGCUUUGAUCUUUUUCCUCGAACUUUACCUGCUAAGGUUAAGUUUAGUAUAUUUACUCCGGUAAGUAGAGGACCAGCUUCGUAGGACGUAAAACCCCAAGUUAGACCCCAAGUUACCUUGAGAACCUUCGUAGUGGUACAGGCCUCCGACAACGGAGCCCCGAGAGCGCCAUCCAAUCACAACUCCAACCGGAGCCCCGAGAGCGCCAUCCAAUCACAACUCCAAACCAAGUUUUCCCGACCAGUCAGAUUCCUGGUUAAUCGGCUGCUGGAGUGCGACAACGGUGACAACUCAAGUCUGUUCCAUUCUAGUCCUAAAGUGUUCCACUUCGACCACAAUGAGGGAAAUCGUACAUCUGCAGGCAGGCCAGUGUGGAAACCAAAUUGGAGCCAAGUUCUGGGAGGUAAUAAGUGACGAACAUGGGAUCGACCCGACCGGAACCUACCACGGGGACAGCGACCUGCAGCUGGAGAGGAUCAACGUGUAUUACAACGAGGCAACAGGUGGCAAGUAUGUCCCUCGUGCAGUGCUGGUGGACUUGGAGCCAGGAACUAUGGACUCAGUGAGGUCUGGUCCGUUUGGCCAGAUCUUUAGACCAGACAACUUUGUCUUUGGCCAGAGCGGAGCAGGUAAUAACUGGGCUAAAGGCCACUACACUGAGGGGGCCGAGCUGGUGGACUCUGUCCUGGAUGUGGUGAGGAAGGAGGCAGAGAGCUGCGACUGCCUCCAAGGUUUCCAGCUCACACACUCCCUUGGGGGAGGCACCGGCUCCGGCAUGGGCACACUACUCAUCAGCAAAAUCCGAGAGGAGUAUCCCGACCGCAUCAUGAACACCUUCAGCGUGGUGCCAUCACCCAAGGUGUCAGACACAGUGGUGGAACCCUACAAUGCCACCCUGUCUGUCCACCAGCUGGUGGAGAACACAGAUGAGACCUACUGCAUUGAUAAUGAGGCCCUGUAUGAUAUAUGCUUCCGCACACUGAAACUGACCACACCCACCUAUGGCGAUCUCAACCACCUCGUCUCAGCCACUAUGAGCGGGGUGACCACCUGCCUGCGUUUCCCCGGCCAGCUCAAUGCCGAUCUGAGGAAACUGGCCGUCAACAUGGUGCCCUUUCCCAGGCUGCACUUCUUCAUGCCAGGCUUUGCCCCCCUGACCAGCCGGGGCAGCCAGCAGUACAGGGCAUUGACAGUUCCUGAACUCACCCAGCAGAUGUUCGAUGCCAAGAACAUGAUGGCUGCUUGCGACCCACGCCACGGGCGCUACCUUACAGUCGCGGCCAUCUUCCGAGGCCGCAUGUCCAUGAAGGAAGUGGACGAGCAGAUGCUGAAUGUACAGAACAAGAACAGCAGCUACUUUGUGGAGUGGAUCCCCAACAACGUCAAGACAGCCGUUUGCGACAUCCCUCCCCGCGGCCUCAAGAUGGCCGCCACUUUUAUUGGCAACAGCACAGCCAUUCAGGAGCUGUUCAAACGCAUCUCAGAGCAGUUCACCGCCAUGUUCCGCCGCAAGGCCUUUCUCCACUGGUACACGGGCGAGGGCAUGGAUGAGAUGGAGUUCACAGAGGCUGAGAGCAACAUGAACGACCUGGUGUCCGAGUAUCAGCAGUACCAGGACGCCACUGCUGAGGAAGAGGGCGAGUUUGAGGAGGAAGGCGAAGAGGAUAUGGGCUAGAAACGUACAGUACUAUGAUCUGUUUCUUUAUUUGCAAGAGUUUAAUUUAGGGCUGGGCGAUAAGGAUUAUUGGUUUAAAAUAAAUAAUUUGGACAACUAAAAACAAAACUACACAACAAUUCCAAGAAAGUUAUUUAUCAAACGAUAACAUAGACUUUUAUUUCAGCCUUUGUUUUUUAAGGGUCCCACCGUUGCUGUUCAGUGCUUCUUCCUUCCAGUUUUGAAUAUGAAUCGAUCACUUCUCCCUCUUCCUGUCUGUUUAAAGGGCAUCACUUUAAUGUCACACCCCCUGAGUGUUAAACAUUAAAAACUCGUCAUCAGUCAUCAUACACACAAAAAAAUCGUCAAAUUUUAACGGUUAUCGCGACCUCCUUGGUAAAAUAUGAGUCUUCAAAUUCCAGUUCUUGUCAUAUGUUGAUCAGUUGGACUCGUAGUAUUAUAGCCUUGUACAAUUAUAGCAGGGCACCUGCUAACUGUCCACUCAGUGAUGUUGUUCAGUGGCAUUAUUGAUCAUCCUCUUGUAAAUCUUUGUUUUUUUCAAGUUCCCUUUUUAAAAUCUGUUCAUAGUGAAAGAGAAUGUUGCAUUGAUUAGUUCAGGGCACAUUUUUGCUGAAUUUCCUCUGUUUGAUAUGGAAAGUCACAUGUUAGUAGAAUUCAUUUAAUUUAUUAAAAAUCCACUACAAGACUCAAAGUUUUAAAUUCUGUCAGGACCUCGUCCCUGUCACUGUAACUGUGUUUGGUCUGUGAUGUUACUAACCUCAAACGUUUAAAUGGGUUUUAAUAAAGAUUUUUAUGAAUACA